GUUGUGCGGUGGCGGCGGUGGAAGAUGGCGGAGUGUGGAGUUUGACAGUGAGCGAGCGCGCGCGAGAGAGAGAGAGAGAGAGCGCGAGCCAGGGGCAGCGGGGGAAUUAAAACGGCAAACCGUCACAACAUCACCACUACCGGCGUAACGGAUACCGGGACCGACCGAUCGGCCGCCUGGCCGACCGACCGACCGACAAGAGCCCCCUCCCUAUCCCCCAUUUCUGAAGAAGGAUCCCGACCUGAAACGUCAGCUUUCCUGCUCCUCGAUGUUGCCUGGCGUGCUGUGUUCCUCCAGCUCCACACUGUGUUAUCUCUGACUCCAGCAUCGGCUAUUAUUACUAUCUCUGGGGCAGAAAGUAAGGUGUGACAGAGAGUGAGAGAAGAGUUGGUGUUAGGAAUGGGCAGACGUAUUAAGCACCCGAUUUUGAAGAAUUAAUUGUGCCUGAUGUGAGAAGAGAUGCCAGCCUAAUGUAGAAAAGCGGGAGUAUUCGCAUUGUCUUCAAUCUCAGCAGGAUCCACUGAUUUGUGUAGUAAACAAACAUAUUGUGUGGCAGGAUUUCCAGUGAGACCAGGUGAAUCAUGAGCUCUCCAGAUAACACAGAUGGUGUAUCUGGACAAGAGCAGCCCCUAGAAUUGUUGCCACAAAGUCGAAUGCACACUAUGCCAACAUCAGCUGUUGAAGUUAAAUCCUCCCUGCCAGUGACUAUGCAGACUGCUAGUCCAGUUGACCUGCGGACAGACCCCAGAAUCUCAAUCCCAACUGUGGACCCCCUUCUUCGUGAGCAGCAGCUCCAACAUGAACUGCUGAUGCUGAAACAGCAGCAACAAAUCCAGAAACAGCUAUUAUUUGCUGAGUUCCAGAAACAGCAUGAACACCUGACAAGGCAGCAUGAGGUUCAGAUUCAGGAACACCUAAAGCAACAACAGGAGAUCCUAGCAGUGAAGCGUCAGCAAGAAUUGGAACAACAACGCAAGCUUGAACAGCAACGACACGAAGAAUUGGAAAAACAGAGAUUGGAACAGCAAUUGCUUAUGCUUCGAAACAAAGAGAAAGGCAAGGAAAGUGCAAUAGCUAGUACAGAGGUCAAAUUAAAACUUCAGGAGUUCCUGCUAAGUAAAACUGCUUCAAAGGAUUCUGUGACCAGUGGAUUGAACCAUUCCCUCCCUCAGCAACCCAAAAGCUGGUACUAUAUGUGCACAUUCAUAUUGGGAGCCCACCAUGCAUCACUGGAUCAGAGCUCCCCACCCCAGAGUACAACUCCUCCCACCUACAAAGUCCCACUGCUGGGGUCAUACGAUGGAAAAGAUGAUUUUCCACUCCGAAAAACUGCUUCUGAACCCAAUUUGAAAGUACGUUCCAGAUUAAAACAGAAAGUGGCUGAGAGGAGAAGCAGCCCAUUAUUGAGGAGAAAGGAUGGCACAAUAAUUAGUACGUUCAAGAAGAGAGCUAUUGAAAUCACAGUUUCCUCAGUCUGUAACAGUGCUCCUGGGUCUGGCCCGAGUUCUCCGAACAGUUCAAACAAUAUUCCUGCUGAGAACGGAACAACCGGUUCUGUACCCAAUAUUCAUGUUGAGCAUAUGCAUCCACAUCACAAAGCAGUGAACACUGAUGGGUCAGCAAGUCAGCUCAGCCUGUACACAUCUCCUUCACUACCAAACAUUUCCCUGGGGCUCCCAGCUACAGUAGCAGUAUCCAAUGCACAGAUCAAUGCUUCACAAAAGAUGUCAGCACAGCAAGAAGCGGAAAGGCAAGCUAUUCAGUCUUUGCGUCAGGGUGGUGCCUUAACAGGGAAGUUCGUGAGCACCACCUCGCUACCAUCUGGUUUGCCCACAACAGCAGUUGAAGGAGAAACCAAUACUCACAGCCACCCCUCGCUCCUUCAACAUGUUCUGCUUCUAGAACAAGCUCGACAGCAAAACGCUUUGAUAGCUGUGCCUGUCCAUGCACAAUCACCUUUGGUGAAAGGAGAGAGAGUUUCCACCAAUCUUCGAACGGUAAACAAGUUGCCUCGGCACCGCCCGCUAAGUCGUACCCAAUCAGCUCCUCUGCCCCAGAGUCCACAGGCUUUGCAGCAACUAGUGAUGCAGCAACAACACCAACAGUUCUUAGAGAAACAGAAACAGUACCAACAACAAAUCCAGCUUAAGAUGCUUUCCAAGUCGAGUGAAUCACCUCGGCAGCCUCCAAGUCACCCUGAGGAGACUGAAGAAGAGCUGUGUGAGCAACAAGACAUGCAGGAAGAUCAGGCACCUCCAAGUAGCAGCAGUAUCAACUCUGGAGGAAGUGAAGCAACAAAUGAAGUUCUUGAACAGGAUACAAUGCAGGUGAAGGAUGAGCCACCAGAUAGUGAAGAGGAAGAUCAACUAGAAGAUCAGAAAGAAGGUGAAGAACAACUUCCACAUUUUAAUCAGCAGCAAUUCUUGGACCAGCAACGCAUGCAACAGCUUCAUGUGUAUCAGGCUUCUGUAGCUAUGGGAAGUAUGUCUGUGACAGACAGGCAUCAACCACUCUGCAGAGCCCAGUCCUCCCCAGCAACUGCAAACUUAAAAAAUCCUGGCACUGAGAAACCUAUCAAGCACCUAUUCACUACUGGUUUAGUUUAUGACACUUUCAUGCUGAAGCACCAAUGCACUUGUGGGAACACUAACAUCCAUCCAGAACAUGCAGGGAGAAUACAGAGUGUCUGGUCCAGGCUUCAGGAAACAGGAUUACUUAACAAGUGUGAGAGAAUCCGGGGUAGAAAGGCAACUUUGGAUGAAAUUCAAACAGUGCAUUCAGAACACCACACAUUGUUAUAUGGCACCAGCCCUCUGAACAGACAGAAGCUGGAUAGUAAGAAGUUGCUAGGGCCUAUUACACAGAAAAUGUAUGCACUGCUACCCUGUGGUGGACUUGGGGUGGAUAGUGACACUGUCUGGAAUGAAAUGCAUUCAUCUAGUGCUGUUCGCAUGGCUGUUGGCUGUGUUGUUGAACUCUCAUUCAAGGUGGCUUCAGGGGAACUCAAGAAUGGUUUUGCUGUUGUCCGACCACCAGGACAUCAUGCAGAAGAAUCCACUGCAAUGGGAUUUUGCUUUUUCAAUUCAGUUGCAAUUUCUGCGAAACUACUUCGGCAAAAACUUAACGUUGGAAAAAUUCUAAUUGUGGAUUGGGAUAUUCACCACGGAAAUGGUACACAGCAGGCCUUUUACAGUGACCCUAAUGUGUUGUACAUUUCUCUUCAUCGGUAUGAUGAUGGAAAUUUCUUUCCUGGCAGUGGUGCCCCAGAUGAAGUUGGAACAGGACCUGGAGUAGGAUUCAAUGUCAAUAUUGCUUGGACAGGUGGUGUGGAUCCCUCUAAUGGAGAUGUGGAGUACUUGACAGCUUUCAGGACUGUCGUGAUGCCCAUUGCCAAUGAAUUUUCACCUGACGUUGUGCUGGUAUCUGCUGGCUUUGAUGCUGUGGAAGGCCAUCCCUCACCGCUUGGUGGAUACUGUGCAACAGCUAAGUGUUUUGGCUACCUGACCAAACAGCUGAUGAAGCUAGCUGCAGGACGUGUGGUUCUUGCUUUGGAAGGAGGACAUGAUCUCACUGCCAUCUGUGAUGCAUCUGAGUCCUGUGUUUCAGCCCUGCUGGGUAAUGAGCUUGAUCCUCUUCCGCAAGAAAUACUUCAACAAAAACCCAAUGCAAAUGCAGUUGCAUCACUAGAAAAAGUUAUAGAAAUUCAAAGUAAACACUGGAGUUUGGUGAAGCGCUAUGCUUCUACUGUAGGCUACUCGCUACUAGAAGCCCAAAAGCAUGAAAAAGAAGAAGCAGAAACCGUUACAGCACUAGCCUCUCUGUCAGUAGACACUGCACAAAGCAAUUCUGAAUCAGAGGCCAGGCAGGGGGAUGAACCAAUGGAAGAAGAGCCAGCAAUGUAAAGUGCCAAUGGUCAUAUUACUGUCACCUGUGUGAAUCUUUCUUGUAACCUCCUUUAAAGUCUAUCAGACAUACAGUGUCCAUUGUCUGCCUCUGACAGUGUUCUUGUAUUGAACUUGAACUGUUGUGAAAAACAUCUAGUCUUCAAGCUAGAUUCACGAGCCAAUCUGUCUGUAUUUGAAGACCUGAAAUUGGACGAGUUUAAAGGGACACCGCAGCUUUGUAUUUCUUCAAAGUUCAUCUGUUCUCUCUUAAGGGAGAAUAAUGUUUUAAAGGUUACAAAACACUUGAGGCUUUGAUUUCAGGUCCCUAGCCUAAGUGCAGUGGUAAGAUGUUAACGUUUGAAAUGUUUAUAAGAGUUGAUAAGUCUGCUUCCUAGAGGAUGUUGAAAAGCAGGAAAGAAAAUGUGAUGGAGAGGAAGCAGCAUAAUAAUUUUGUCAGGAGAAUUGAAAGGAAAUUGUGCCUUUUUUAAAACAAAAAGUGGUUGAAACUCACAACUUCAUUUUUAAAUGCCUUAAUUUACAUCAGUGAAAUACUGCUGUUGGUUUUUGGAACUUAGUCAAAAAUGACAUGAUCACCCGAUUUAAAAAAUCUUCAGCUAUUUUUAAUCACAUUGAUGAACAAUACCCCUCUCUGUAUAAACUUUAGGUUUGAUUUAUUUAUUUCUUUUUUUGUAAUAUUUCUUAAACUUUAUUUGUGAAUUUGCUGAUGACCAAUUGUUAUCUUAAUGAUUUUUGUUUUUGUUUAGUUGUGUAAAUAGUCUUGUAAUAUUGUUAUGUAUAUCUUUUGACGUUCUCUGGUUGCUAUUUGAAGUAGCCUAAUUUGGUUCCCUUGUCCUUUGUUACCUUGAAAGCUUUAAAUUUAAAAAGAGCAGUUAAUUCGAUAUAAUUUUCAUACAAUUUUAUUGUUUAUGUAUUCUGAAAAUUGUUACUUUAUGUUUUUUUAAAGUACCUCCUUAAUACUUGUUUAAGGAGAUUGCAGUUUCUGCUGGGUAAGGUGGUCUGCUGUUUGCUUUUGUAUUGUGGUUCAACUGAAAAGGAGAACCAGAGAUUUUUGGACUGCAGGUCUAACUUUGGAAUAUUUUCAGCUGAAUUUCUAAGAUGUUCUUUUAACUAUUUUCCUUCAUGAAUAGUAGUGUUUAAUUUGAGCAUCUAAGUAAUAAUUGAUAGAAUUCAAUUAAUGUAUUUCAAUCAAGAAGGCCAUUAAUAAUGUAUGUUUUAUCUUAAUGCCUUUCCAAAACUAGAAAGCAAACUAAUUAAGUUAAUAGGCCU